AUGAUGGUAGAGACAAUUGUCGAGCACAGCCGCUACGUCUCUCUCUUCAACGAGGCCGCAGAAGAAGGGAAGCGGACGUGUAUUUAUUCCCUCAGCCAUCAGAAAGCAAUAGACACGGUGAAAACGCUGUCGAAACAAGCUCCAGAAAAAUGUCCUGCCAUUGUGGGUAUUUGUCAUUACGCGAAUGCGGUCUUAAACGAAAACAAUGGCCAUCUGUCCAUCUGGCUCAUUGCACGGAUCAUAAAGUAUCUGAUUUAUCGCGCCAAAACCGAGCAAGUCGGGAGACUUGAGGUACAGGCGGAUCUAGACCGCGAAAUCGACGAAGAAUAUCGGGCAAUUCCAAAUAUUGCCGGCUCAACUUCUUCGCAAAACACUAUCAGGUUCCGAAAAGUUUACAGUAACGAGACUGAAUAUGCAUUCAACGGCAAAGUGAAGGCGCGUUCACAUGCGGAUGAUGUUCCUUUUGAAGGACCGAAUCUCUAUGUUGUACUUAGCGGGUUUCACGAUCCCGAUUUUCCAGCAGAACUAUUAAACAUUGGAGUUCCUCUGACCUGUAUACUAGAGAUUAAACUUCCCAUUGAACGAUAUGUUGCGUAUCAGACGAAGGAAAAGGAUUUCAUUUCCCUUGACAAGAUACACUUCUCUGAAGACUACCAUAUCAACGUGAACCAGCUAAACGAAUUUUGGACGGUUACACGCGAGAGAUUUGCUAAUCUAUUGGCGUAUCCGACAUAUUCUGACAUAACUAUUCUCACCUUUUCUCCGGCAGUCCUACCGGAAACUUUUACCAUCACCGAGAAAAAGUUUCUAAAGCAGGACAUAUAUGAAAGAGCGCUUCGCACUUUGUAUCAUUUGUAUGAUCUUUGUCUACAACACGCGAAGUAUCUCAAAAGCAUGAGACUGGAGAAGGGAAUCAUUGAUAAGAGGGACGAAGCGAUGGAUACGAAGAUCUACGAGGAUGCGUUAAAUGAUAUACCUAACGAAUAUAUCAACGUUCCAUUGAUAUUGGGUGCGAUACUUUUACAGGUUGAAUCUAAUCUUGCGAGAUCUUACGAUGGAUGUGACCCCGUCAAACGUAAUACGGGAUUUAGCGAUGCGGAUAUGAGGCGCGCGAAUAUAUCAACGACAGCUGAACGAAUCCCCGUAUUCGCUGUGCGAGACAAGCUCAAACUGCUUGAUCUUGAGUACGAACUUAUUGAUGAAUAUGCCGAUAGCACCGGUCAAUCAUCGUUGCCUUUCGAUCUCGAAGUUAUACCGUACGGAGAUACUUUGAGCAUGAUUGUUCGUCAUUUUCUCCGACCAAGGUCCAUCGAUUUAAACGACACGGUUCUACUCGUCCUGCGAGAUCCGAGAAUAAUUAAUACUUGGCAGAAUCGCGAGAUAUUAACCAGAUCAAAAAGCGAUAUAUAUUUCUGUCAUAUAGAUAACAUCGCGCGUACAUUUAAUCGAGAGCAAACAAUCAGUCGCGAGGAAAUCGUGCAUUACCUGCACCUACUAAUGUUUGACAAAUUGAUUUUUUCCGAAGACAAUUACGAUGCAAGAGCAGAGUUGACGCAGCCCUUGAAAGAAGACUUGUCAACGUUAAAACACGCACGAACGACGAUUAAGAGAACGCAUAGCGUACCAAACCUUGCUGCGUUGCCGGUAUCUAGUCUACGCCGUUUCAAGAGCGAUACCGAAAUUGAUUACGAUAAGCCGGUAAUCGCAUUUACCGAGUGCCCGCUUUUAUUCGCGCUAACGGAUACUAGAGAAACGCUGCUUCCGGGAUAUUUGCACGAAAAUAUUUUUAAGAAGAGAAGUUACGAAAGAUCGAGCCUCGAAGAAUACGAAGACGUCGAGUUACUCUCGGACCGUGUUUUUCUUCAGGUCAUUCACGACUGUUUCCAACGUUACGAUCGUUUCUCGGCUAGAUACUUCGAGCCGACGGAUUCGAUGCUCCUUUACUUUAGCAACAACAACCGGGUGGAUGACGUGUUCGAGGAAAGGCGCAUGUCGUCUAUACGUACGUCCAUCGGACUUCAAGAAUUCUGCGAAUAUAUCGCAGAAGAGGAAGAGAAUUGGAUAGAGCGGGAACGGGAGACACGCCAAUCGCGUAGGAUGGACCUGACAGGAAGAUUUAUGAAGAGACCCAUCGAGAUGGAAGACGACGCGAUCAUAUUCACCGACGAAUGCUUCGUGCUUUCGGAUUCGCUGAAAGCGCGUCAUCUCAAGAAAAGUCCAGAUCGCGAUUUGCAAAAGAAAAUUUCCGAAACGAUGGAAUGCGAGGAGAAGAAUGUUGAGGGGAAGGUAAUAACGACGGAACAGAAACGAAACGAGGCGCUGAUGACGGACAACGGAAGCAAACAGGCGGAUGGAAAAGUUACGAAUGGAAAAACGUCAUCGACGAAGAAAAAAUCGGCCACGAGAAUAGAUGACGUCGAUACAUCCUUCUUAUCGGUGAAAAAAAUUCUAUCGUCUCGAUGCGUCGAGAAGAACGGAUCGUACGACUUCGUCGGAUACGAUCUCGGUAGUCUUCGUGUUCAAGUGAUUCAUCAUAGCAAGAAGUUUCUUUUGGACGAUACGACGGUGCGAGUCGAACUCGAGGACUGGCUUCACGGAGACCUCCAUGUACGCAUCGCCAUUAUUCUACAACACUGCACUUUACGAUUGUCGAGCGGAGGUGGUCGCCGUCAAUCAGAGAACACAUUCCAUUUAACUACGGAGGGAGGAAUUGUAUUGGGUUUCUGCCGAAAUAAAAACAAGGAUUUCGAUGCAAUUCAGAGCUCGUCCGAUUGCCAUUGGCGAAAUUUGGCUUUCGACUUUCGUGCUUCGUGGCCUUCCGGGUUAUUGAUAGAACCAGCUAUCGAGGACGACACAAAAGAUCCGUUUUGCAUUCGUCAAUCGUACAUUUCGAAACGUCUCGAACGUGCAAGUGCAGCUCAUGAAGUCUACCGGAACUUUCUCAGGAACGGAACCGUCUUAAAGUAUAUGGACGACAAUACUGUCGUCAUUCUCCGUCCCAAUAGCGUUAUUGUGACGUGCAUGGAUUUCGACGAGUCGCAAUCGUACGACGAAUCCAUUCACCAGACGACUCUAAAAGAAUUUAGAUACAAAAAGAGCAACUCGAUGGCAGCCAAGAGCAGAGAAAAAGUCAUAGGUUCCACGGAGUCGCGUUCCAACGGAUCGAUCGUGGACGAGCAACCGCCGAAACAACGUAUAUUUCCGUCGGGGAAACGCGUGACCAGCGACGGAGUCGACUCGUUGAUAAUAGGAGCGAAUAAAGUGUUACGAUACUCAGUAGUAAAUUACGACGGUCGGCACUACGAAGUGUUGAACGAUCUGGUUGUAAGUGAGCACGAUAGAUUGCUCGUUAGGACCACGUCGGACUACGAGGUCAACGAGGUAUUCACACGCCGUGCUGAUGGUACUGAUACGUUGCUUCGUUCAAAUGGAGAAUUGGUCGUUAUCUUUCCCGACGGCACGCGUAUCAUUACCGGUUACACGAUAGAGGAACAGUCAGCGAUUUGCGAAUGGUCGGAGGACGAAUUGCAGCGAUAUUUCGGAUACGGUGGCCGAAUUAACGUCGCCUCGUCCCACGAUAGCGCAUUCUCGCACGAAGGUCCGCCCGCACCGUACGCCGAUUACCGAGAGAAACUGACGGGGAUAUCGAUCGCGGAUGGUUUUGUCUCGAUCUUGUUGACUUUCCGCAUGGAACACGAGGAUUACGCUACCGUGUCCUACGAUCAGUCAGCGGUUGGGUGUACUUUAUCGAUGCCCGACAAUCUUCGCGUCAGCAUAUCGGGAGAAGGUCAUUACGAAGUUUCAAUGGAGGACAAAGUUAAUCUGAAGGUAAUCGAAGUUGCGCGUAUUCGCGACGACGUGACGUUCUCGAAGAUAUGUGCUACCUGUGGCGAAAGGUCGAUAUCAACUUAUAAGUUUCGGAAAUCGUCCGAUGGCGGUCCGCAAACGAUUCUCACGACUAUCGAUAUUCUUGGGAAUGUGCUUGAGGUUAAAUGCGAUGGUACUACGAGUUAUCGUCGUCCGUAUAGAAGGCGCGAGAGCAACGAAGGGGUGGAAGAGGGAAGCGACGAAGGGGAGGACGGCAACUCGGGGACAAGGAUCCAUCGCAAACACGGACGAUAUUGCGAAAUGCUCAAGUUUCCUACGAGAAGUCAAUACAGAAUUUUCGCGAUGAAUCGCGAUCUGACAGCUUGCGAGUACCUUCAUCGAUCGGUUAGACACGAGCGAGAGUUGGCAGCCGUCUUGGGCGACGAGACGAGCAUGAUCCAGUAUCCAAUUUCACGUCGACCGGAACUUCGUCGCUUGAUUACAUUUAUGCCAAUGGAACCAGAGUCGGGAUCAAAGGAAAUAUCGGGAUCCUGUCAAUAUCGGGUUGGAUAAUCGCAACAGCA